AUGGAAAACAGGAUCUGUGAUUUGCCUGAUGAUUUGCUUUUGCUGAUCCUGGUCCUCGUCCCAACAAAAGUCGCAAUCACCACCACAGUCUUGUCUAAACGAUGGCGUUUUGUCUGGACGAUGCUGCGUCAACUAGAGUUCAAUGAUGAUGGCAGCGAGAGCCUUGGGUGGUUUGUUGACCAGUCACUGCAACUCCAUAAGGCAACAAAACUAAGGAGCCUGGUUGUUAAGCUGGGUCCAAGUUGUACUGUUGAGGUAGAUGUCCGAAAGUGGGUUGAGUACGCAAUUAAUCGCGGUGUGCGCGUGUUAGAUUUCAAACUCCUCUGGACCGCAGAGCCAACAAGCUUUCCUAAGGGUCUUUACACAUGCGACACACUCGUUCAUUUAUCUCUUUCCAAUGAGAUUUUUGUGGAUGUUUCCUCUCAGGCUCGCCUACCAUCCCUCUCACAUCUGAGUCUUCUACACGUGGUGUACAAAGACGAAGACUCUCUUGUUAGGCUUUUAUCAAGCUCCCCUAUUCUCAAUCUUCUAAUGGUUGAACGACAUGAGGAAGACAACUUGACAAAUUUUACUGUGAAAGUGCCUUCCCUACAAAUAUUGUAUUAUGAGACUACUUGGCGCAAGGAUGAUGAUGAAGAUGAUCGACUCACUGGGUCAUUGGUAAUCGAUACCCCUGCAUUAACAGAAUUCUACAUAUUUGACGUCUGGGAUUACUAUUGCUUGAUAGAGAAUAUGUCUUGCCUUGUUGAGGCAUGCAUAAGCUUUGUUCGUAAUCCCGAUGAUAAGUUUUUGAGACAUCUUGUUUCUGCCACACAUCUUCUAUUGUGUUUGACCGAACCAAUGGUUGAGUGUUGUACCGCCAUUAAGUUCUCUUGGCUCAUAGCGUUUUAUCUUCGUCCAGUAAAAUCAGUUGAUUGGUUGGACGCUCUUAUGUUUUUGCUUCAGAAUAGUCCUAAACUAAAAACUCUUAUGAUCAAAACGGAAACUGAGAGUAUCCCACCAUCCUGGAACCAGCCGAAUUCUAUUCCGGGAUGCAUGUCGUCUAAUCUAGAGAUCUUUGGGUGGGUGGACUAUGGAGGAAGAGAGGGCGAGAAACAACUAGUUACAUACAUUCUAGCUAACGCAGAGUCUUUAAAGAAAGUGGAGAUAUCCUUCUUAGAUACCUCUAAUCUUGAAGAGAAACAAAAGGAGUUAGAAUCUUUGCCUAGAAGUUCAUCAUCAUGUCAGCUACUAUUCCCAACUCAAGUGGAAUGGAGGUUUUAG